AUGCCCUUUUUCCACAACACCGCCCUGAAGCUGUGGCACCACCCCAGACUGGGAGCCACCCGCAACUUCUACAAAAUUGACGUCGGGCAUUAUGGACUUUACUUCUCGAUGUUCAGUCAUGAUCGAGAUCAGGGACAUGCGGCACCGCUGGUGAACGAACUAAUUUUGGCGCACAUCGCCGGCUAUGAGGAACUGAAAGUACUGCUUGAACAAAUUGUCGUCGUGUGUGAUAAGCUUAUCAUCACUCGUGCAAAUGUUGAUAUUCAGCUGGACAUUUCGCAACUCAAGUCUGAUCACCGUCGCAUAUCUCUGCCCCUCCAGCUCCUCCUUGGCCGCUCAAAUGGGUUUGCGUCAGGUUUGCGGCUGCUACACACCGAUGCUAGAGUGAAGCGGUUUCUUCAAACAUGUCCGCCACCUCCAGUACCAGAAGAGCCCAUCCCAUCAGCUACCCCUAAGCAAGAGCUGUCACAACUGAUAGACCCUUAUCUUUCUUCCCAACUUGAAAGUCUCAAAACGUGUGAACCCAAUUUGGUUUACCCCAUUUACCAACUGAUCCGUCGUAACGAUAUGACCUUACCCCUGGUUGAAGAUUACAACUUUGUGCUCCGGUCUAUUGCGACUCGCCCUUGCGAUAGCCUGGACGAUGUGAACGACGUGGAACGCAAACUUACCACAUUGAUGACGGUGUAUCAAGACAUGCUUACUGUUUUCAAGCCUACAUCAGAGACCUAUAACUUGGUUCUCGCCGAACUUGUCAGAGGCGCCAUCAGAGUUCCUACUGCGACAACGCAAUUCUCAGAGGCCCAUGAGACCAGCCAGGCGCUUGAGUUUGCCCAUAUGGCCGUGAGUAUGUUCAUGUCAAUUAUCAACUACCGCGGUCUUGAUUUGAUCAAGUUGAUCCCUCAAAUGGCUGCAAUGACGGCUCGAUUCCCUCUGGUCAUGACCAAAGCUUUCAUUGAGCGGUUGAUGAGUGUCACCUCGACUAUGGGAGUUAUCCCUAAUGGUUCUUAUUACCACAACCUCAUCAAAUCGUCACAGCACUUUGGUCGCUACGACAUAGCUCUGGAUGCUGUGUACAAGUUUGUUCUUGCACUGUUCGAGCAAUAUAAGUGCGUUGCGACUGGGGAAGAUGACGAGUAUGUCAUUUAUGGUGCUGUGUUGUCGCUGAUGAUUGCCAAUGGUCAAAGGAGCACCGCAGGAAAGUUUUUGGAUGACAUCUUAAGUGACUAUAAGCAGCUGUUGCUCAAUGCAGCGGUUGGACCUACUAAAACCCAAGUUAGCCGAGUGAUGCUGGCGUACCUCAGUGCAGUACUUGAAUUUAGUCCCCUGACAAAACGAGCCAUUUCGGAUACUUCGGGUGUCUUGCGCAAGUUUGAAGCCAUCCCCUACUUGCCGGAAGUACUGUGCGAAGUUUAUGCAGCUAUUAUCUCUCGGUGCUGUCAUCGUUAUCGGGAAAUGGACGGGCAGCGUCGCACCGAAACGAACCCUGCCAAGCUCAACGAGGCCAUGGCAUUGCAGCUGAGUUAUCUCGCCACCAUGUGGAAGCUCUACGGGCGUAUCGCGGUUCGACGUGAUUUUGGAGGAGAAGCCGCCAAGUGUCGAGACACGUUACUUCUGCUUUCUAUUGAUCUUGGUGAUCAUGAACAUGUCUUCCAGCUUCUCAAGGAAAUGAUCAUGCGGUCUCAUCACAUUUACGACGUGGCAACAUUGCGGAAGGUGCUCAAUUACUUGUACCUGGGUGCUAUCGGCAAUACUCUGGCAGCGCAACCUUUUUCGUCGCAGUACUAUGGGCUCUUGCUCCAGAUUGUGGAGUCUCAAGGUCAAUUCCAUCAGGGCAAGGCGUUUUCAGACUUUAUGUCAGAAGUGGCGCGCUAUCUCGUGUUAGUACCGCAAGCACCAGAAGCUGCUGCGGCGGUGUACCCGUACAAUGUGGCUGCACUUCUUAACUCUCCGUUGGUCGCGAGAGCAUUUGAGUCGUUGAACAUUGCGGAGGAUAACUUGUAUGGCAUUCUGGUUCUUUCUCUGUUACUUGUUGCUUAUCCUCCGCAAGGACCCUUAGCUUCGCGAGUGGCACACUUGCUUCUGAUCUUGUGCUCCCAAUUCGAAGAACCUGAUAAUCACUAUAUCGAGCUCAAUCGCGAGCUUUUGGAGUGCAGAUAUCAAGUUGCUUAUGCCGUUCACCAUCUUAUCGGCUCACUUGUGGUCGAAGGCCACGCAUUAACUCCGGCCAUGGUAGACGCUGCUCGCUAUGUGGACGUUGAUAUUCCUGAGGAUGUUACUGUUGCACUUUCAGAUUGGCAAUUCGAACAAGACUUGACCUACUUGUUGAGCAUCAAUCGUAAUUUGGGUGUUCGUACAUUUUUGAGCGAGUUUGCAGCAAAGAAGCAGUUCUCCCGUGACACUUGGACAAUGUUGCUUACGCCGGAAUUCUUACAUGAAGAGUGUAUUUCACCGAAACGUUUGCUUGCGAGAUUGUCUGCUGGUGGUCAUGAUGAUGCCGAAAUGUUGGCUCAACUUGUUAAGGCUGACCAUGAUCCUACCACGAUUUGUGUAGUGAAUCAUCUUCUUACGUCGCCGAAGGCGUCAACGCCUGUUUUGGUGAAAUGGAUAGUGGCUGCUACACGUUCGCUGGACAACCGUUAUCUUCAAGAACUUGUAACUGGUAAGAAUGGCUUGUUUUACAAAGUACUUGCGCCAUUCUCACCCACCAACCCUCCAAUGUGGGCCCUGGCUUAUUUGAGUUUGAUGGAAGAUCCUAACCAAGUGAUUCAACUUGUUGAAGAUCAUAUUUGCAUGGAGAGUGAGCAUUCUCCCAUAAUCCCCUAUUUGGAUGCCUUAGUGGCUACAAACUCGCCUCAAUUCCCUGAUGUAUACGCCAAGCUUCCAUUGCUGGUACAAACACUGCCGCAAGGUCGCCAAGCCAUGCUUGAAUACCAAAUGGGCUUUCAAGAUGCCGAUUAUGGUGAGCUUUUUGGUCGGUACCUGAACGGUGUGAAGUCGACUAAGCUGCGUGAGCUUCUUGCUCAGUGCCAGUUCUACGCUGGUCUCGGAUACCCCUCCCACUGUCAACUGGUUGGUGAGCUUGCAUGGGCACUUUUAGCUUGCGGCGAUAUAAGCCACAUGCGUCAAUUGGCCCUUUCACACAAGCAUUUGGUGCUGACUCAACACAGUAAACAGCGUAAGGAGCAGUUGGUUUGUGCAUUAUUCACUAACUUGAUCACACUGGUUGAUUAUCUUAGCUCCACAAAUGUGAAGCUUGCGAUCAACAACGUGCUCAAGUUCCUUCGCAUGGUUCAUCUUCACAAACUUAGCGUUGCCAACUUAGCAUUGUUUAUCAAGCUUUUGGGGACCGCUCGACUCAGCGAGCUCCUUCAUAUUUUGCGCACGAAGAUGGUCUUGGGAUCGAAAGUGGCGGACAUCGUCCGGUUCUUCUACUUGGAAACUAUUUGUGCAUCAACCAGAGAGAAACUGAUUCUCCUCGACCAAUUAGUUGAAGCCGAGACAACUUCCGUGCAAUAG